AUGCCGAAAAAUGAAAUUUACAAGUACUGUAAAGUUGAAUACUGUGCUGUGGCAGAUGCUGCGUUCCAACUGUGCUUUGAUUUUCUGUCGGUAGGUCAGAAGCGGACUCCUAGAAGAGGGGAGCAGCAAGGAUGGAAUGACAGCCGUGGGCCAGAGGGGAUGCUUGAAAGAGCUGAGCGGAGACCCUACAGGGAGUACCGACCCUAUGAGACCGAGAGGCAGGCGGACUUCACAGCUGAGAAGUUUCCAGAUGAAAAACCAGGUGAUAGGUUUGAUCGAGACAGACCGCUGAGAGGACGUGGAGGCCCGAGAGGGGGUAUGCGCGGCAGAGGCAGAGGUGGCCCCGGCAACAGAGUUUUUGACGCUUUUGACCAGAGAGGAAAGCGAGAAUUUGAAAGAUACAGUGGGAAUGACAAAAUAGCAGUCAGAACUGAAGACAACAUGGGUGGAUGUGGAGUUCGAACCUGGGGAUCAGGCAAAGAUACCAGUGACGUGGAGCCGACUGCACUGAUGGAGGAACCCACAGUGGUGGAGGAGGCCCAGGGCGCCCCGGAAGAGGAGUCUCCAGCCAAAAUUCCCGAGUUGGAGGUAGAAGAAGAAACCCAAGUUCAAGAGAUGACUUUAGAUGAAUGGAAAAAUCUUCAAGAACAGACCAGACCAAAGCCUGAGUUUAACAUCCGGAAACCAGAAUCCACUGUUCCUUCCAAAGCAGUGGUGAUUCACAAGUCAAAAUAUAGAGAUGAUAUGGUAAAAGAUGACUAUGAGGACGAUUCCCAUGUUUUCCGGAAACCCGCCAAUGACAUCACAUCCCAGCUGGAGAUUAAUUUUGGCAACCUCCCUCGUCCCGGGCGCGGAGCCAGAGGAGGCACCCGGGGAGGCCGGGGAAGGAUCAGGAGGGCAGAGAACUACGGACCCAGAGCAGAAGUGGUGAUGCAAGAUGUCGCCCCCAACCCGGAUGACCCUGAAGACUUCCCUGCGCUGUCUUGAAAGCGCCCGUAUCCCGGCACCGCGGAGCUGCACUGCGCACCUGUGGAGACUUUUCCAGCUGGGCCAAGACAGUCAGACUCUGAGAACAAUAGAUGUUGCUUUUCCCAUGUUGUGUGAAUUUGUCGCACUUUUUCGGGCUGGGCUGUUAGAGGGGCUUCUCCAGAGGCUUGAGAGCAGGCCCUUUCCCAAGCAGGUGAAGAAUGGUGACUGUGUUUUUACUGAAGGAAUUUCAAAUGAAGUCCAGGAAUAAUGUUUAAACUGUGUACAUAAGAGAUAGUAUAGACUCCUCCGCGGGAGCGCGGAGGGAAAGGAGGUCGCCAAACAGACUCCCUGGAGACUCUUAGGAAGCUGUAGAUUCCCGGAGGCUGUGCCUGUAGCGUUAGAGGAAACACGUAGAACCGGAACUGUUCAUGGAAAGCAGUCACAGCUGAGUUUUCAGAGACCAAGAAAUUAAACUACAAUUGUACUUACUGUUUCCUUGUAAAUGUUAUCUACUCUCCUGGAAUAGUUUCCUUUCUGGUUUUCACUUAACCAGUCAUUUAAAAAUCGCUAUCGUGUAGCCACUGGCCACCACUCUGUGACACAGAAUCCGAGAAAGUGUUGAUUUUUCAUUGUGAUUUAAACUACCUCCUGGUUUCUGUGUGUGUGCGCGCACACAGCUAGUGUUUGGGUGGUUUUUAGGAAGAAUAUAAAGUAUAUGACUUUAAAAACCAUGUUAUUUAACCUGCCAGUCAAAUGGAAAGGGAUCGUGGCAAAAGCAAAUGCCGCAUCCUUUUCCGCCGCAGAAGCAGAGCCAGAGGGCGGCAGCUGUGUGCAAAGGCCUCCGCCUUCGGCUUGGGCACUGUUGUAAAUAACUAGUAUUUAUUAAGCACUCUGAGCAGUUUUUCUCAGUCCUGGCCCCAGUUCUAGAGUUCCUCUUUAUGACUUUUGGUGAAAGUUUGGGGUUGGGGGUACACCUCAGAGGUUCAGUAGUUCACCUGGAGUCCCACGCUGAACAGAGCUGGACCCAGAGCCACACGCCCAAAGCACACACUGUGCUGGGGAGGAAGGAGGCCUAGGAGGGCCUGCAGGUCCAGGCAGCUGUAGAGCUGCUAGAAGCUGGGGUGGUGCUCUCCCUGCUUUCUCAUAGACGCCACAGGUACUGUCUGCCUGUUGUCACGCAGUUCAUAGGCUCGCUUGAGAUGGAAUCUGAACCUCGGUCCCAGGAUCUGUGCUUUUUCUCACUUUGCCACACUGUCUAAGGUGGCUUUGAACUGGAAACCAAGUGCAAAUAAAGGUUGGUAUUCGCUCCUGA